CGAUUCCAAGACAUGUGCUAGCCUUGAUAACGGCGAUAUGUCUCGUAAAAUUUGAUGAAACGCUACUGCACCGGGCUAUAAAUGUGGUCUCAUUUGUUUUGGUCAUAUCAGAAGUGACCAUUUCUGCAGUGAAACUGAUUUAUUUGUGAAAAAUGAAUUGGCUUACACUUCUUGUAACCAUCCUAUGCGUAUUGCACGCUCAGUCGACUCCGGAUCGAAGUCCACGUAUCAUCAAUGGACAGGCGUCAAAUCUUCAACCAUACAAUGUUUACAUUCUGUACCUAAAUGUUAAUAACGCAGGAUUCUUCGGUGGUGGAUCGAUAAUAUCUCCGCUUCAUGUUCUAACUUCCGCUCAGAGUAUAGUUGGGUUCGUCCAAUGGCAAGUUGGAAUGGGAAGUAACACCUUUUCUCAACUAACAACCGUCGUUUCGAGUGUUGCUACCGCGCAUGCUGAGUAUAAUUCACUUACCAAGGCCAAUGACAUCGGAAUUGUCACCCUUCCCACAUCUCUAGUGUUCACUGCCUAUGUACAACCAAUUGCACUCCCGCCGCUAGUCGCUCAGAUAGAUCAGCUUCCGCUAGAAAAUGAACAGGGCUCAGUUGUAGGCUUCGGAUUCACGUCCGUCACAUCGGUUGCUCCUUCGGUCAAUCUACUGCGAGCUUACCUACGAGUGACAAACAACUUGCGUUGCCAACAGUUCUACCAGAUUACACUGCCACAGCAUUUCUGUGCCGAGAAUACUGUUGAGUUUUCCAACAUCUGCAAUGGGGAUAUCGGAGCCGGGUUUGUCACAGACGUAGGCGGCACACAAACCGUUACCGGCAUUGCCUCGCUGAUUACCGAAAGCUGUGGCAACUCAAGUCCUUCCGGGUUCACCCGAGUAGCGUCCUAUCGGCAAUGGAUAUAUAGUUUGACGCAGGUCUAAUAAAUCGAGGGAAUAUUUGUACAACUGCA